UGGUCAUUGUAAUUUGGAUCUGGAAUGCCAACCGAGCUGGCUAGGGCGCUGUAGUUAUCAUCCAAAGUCUGACGCGGACAUCAUGGUCUUUUAUGUGUCGAGGUCUAGGAGCUGCACAACUUCAAACGAGCGAGAAACGCUAGCUGCUUGAUUAUCAAGCACGCUCAAUGCAACUUCGAGGUGUAUCAGUAACUGAGUUUCAAGUCAUGUUGGUCGAGAGUGAUCUUUUGAGUUUCUGUCCGGGGUCCAGGGAUUUUUCGGCCGAAAUUUGAGAAGCCGCAGGCUGAAACCUCGGCGAUACGAUAAACAGCGCCUUCCUCGUUGUAAACUCCGAUAGAUUCUUCGGACAUAUGCUAUUGAGGUGCUGCUGAGAAGUCCCGUUACUAAUGGCACUCAGAAGUCGUGUCCAUAUAUGCGUGGCCAUCCGGACAUGAUCCAACUUUUGAAACAACACCGACUCUUCUCCCCGUUUGAGCUUCCAAGUACAACAUGUCGAAUCAAGCAGCAUGGCUCUAUGGUCCUAAUCAGCUGUUCCGAGUUGGUUCAGCUCCAAUGCAUGAGAUCGAGUCUCAUGAAAUCUUAGUCGAGACAUAUUCCAUCGCCAUCAACCCCAUCGAUUGGAAAGUCAGAGACUAUGGCUGGCUGAUCAAUACCUGGCCAAUGGUUCUCGGCUGCGACGUUUCUGGAGUCGUCACUGAAGUCGGCAACAGUGUGCACAACUUCUCUAAAGGCGAUCGCGUCAUAGGACAUGCCGUCAGUCUGGUGUCGCAGAAGCCGAAGAAUGGAGCUUUCCAACAUUUUGUUGCUGUAGAAGCGGCAAAGGCUGCGAAGAUUCCAAGUGCGCUGUCCUUCAGUGAUGCUUGUGUUGUUCCAUUGGCUUUGGAUACUGCUGCUACUGGACUGUUCAACAGCGCUUCAGAUGGCUAUCUCGGAUUGGAAUGGCCAACAAUGGGCUCAAAGUCAGACAACAACAAGAUCGUCAUCUACGGUGGAAGCUCUUCUGUCGGUGCAUUGGCUAUCCAGCUUGCCGCAGCUUCUGGUGCCCACGUUAUUGCUGUUGCCUCUCGCCGUAACUUCGACUUCUGCCGCUCAUGUGGAGCCCAUGAAGUCUUGGACUACAACGAGCCCACCAUCGUCAAUGAUGUCGUCAACGCAAUCAAAGUAGCUCCUCAGACACACUUUGCAGGUAUCUACGACGCUAUAUCGCAGGAAGACAGCUACAACAUCACUGUACCCAUUCUUGCACAGAUCGGAUCUGGCAAUCUGGCGACUGUACUUCCAGGACCGAGCACUGUGCCAUCGACUUCGAAGACGAACUAUGUGGAAGGUAUCAAUGAUACAGUACACAGACUCUGGGAGAACUUUGUAGGGCCAGCUCUGGAGCGAGGGACAUUGAAGUGCGUGCCCUCAGCAUAUGUGGUUGGAAGCGGACUUGAGAGCAUCGAGAAAGGGUUGGAAAUCAACAAAAAGGGUGUGAGCGCAAGAAAGGUCGUUGUCGAAAUCAAGAAAGAACAGAUAGCGAGCGGUUGUAAUUAAAGUUUGAGGAGUCGCGAAGUGCGUAUCGCCGAAUUUGGUAUAGGUCAUCCUUCCUACGCAGGACCAUCGAAGACGGACAAACAGAAGCCGCGGCUUACGGAAUAUUAUUGUUAGCGGUCGCUCCUCAUUCCUCCGCUUAGCAAUUAUAUCUUGAUAUAACUCGUGAUUGGUCUUAUGCUCAAUAUCCAAAUG